AUGCUCAACAGAUCGAUAGUUGCUCCACCAUUUUUCAAGCACGAUCGGACUGACAAAUCUGUCUCUUCAAGUUCCAAUUUGAUCGAUCCAUGGGAUCGACUUGACCUUUCGCAAAUUUCUUCCAUUGUCCCUUUGGUUGACCCGAGGAAACUGAAGAAUUUCUGCGGGGAAAGCUUUGAUGUCAUUUUGCAAACCAAAAGGAGAAAUAAUCCUAUGAGCAGAAUCGAAGAUGUUUACAAUUACUCUUCAAUGAAUUUUCACUCCUUCAAACAAACGAAACGUCAACCAUCAUUAAACUCAACAACUCUUCCAGCUUCUGGUGCGAUAAAGCUGGGGACAAAUGUAACUCGCGUCCGAGAGCUCUGGACUUCUGAUGAAAAAUGCGCGUUUAUGCUCUUCCCAUAUCACGUGAUCAAUUUUAAAGGGAUCGUGAACAACAGCAAAAAGUAUGCAUUCGUCGAUCUCCAGCGAGAAAUCGUCCGCGCAACCCGCCGACCGAAGUACAUUCAAGAAGUCGUGGAGAAAUUCUUCGACAGUGAAAUCAAGGAGGAAUACGGAGCGCUGCACUGGCGGUAUGAUCCGAAAGAUUGGUUUCUUCAUUGCGACAGAGAGAAGAAUGAAGGGCCGAUUUGCUCUGGAAAGCACAUAAAAGUCUUCACAGGAAAAGACCUAGAAAAAUUCAUCAAGCAGAACUACUCCUCUUGUCCGAAAAUCAUGAAAAACUUCCACGAUGCUUUCUCACUUCUUGAGCAAGAAAUGUGCUUCAAAAGCCGAAGAUUCUAUCCGUCAACUGGAAGCAGCUGGAGUCUUAAUGUCGUGAUGGAAAGAAUAGUUUUCGAUAAAAGGGAAAACGAAGAUAAUUAUAAUCUAAUGAAAAAUAUAUAA